AUGUGCGAAUGGACACCUACCACCGCUGGUCUCUACUCUGACCUCACCUUAACUGGCUCAGCCCUCCAUGGGCUGCAACUUCAUUCUUAUCCUUUUUCCCUGGCAUGCCUGUCUUUGAUCUUUCUGGCUUGCUCUGCUCUUGGUGGUUGCCCACAUGCACUGGGGCAUGACCCCUUUCAUGUGCUGGCACAGGGUACGAACUGCUCAUGGACUCUGGAGCGGCACACACGCAGCUAUAACCACCUAGAGGGUGACGUCCGCCUGCGACGCCUCUACUCCGCCAACAAAUUUUUUCUCUGCAUCGACAAGACAGGCAAGGUGGAUGGCACCCGUCGGAAGAAUUACGCUGACAGUCUGAUGGAAAUCCGAUCUGUCAGUGUGGGAGUUGUCGCCAUCAAAUCUGUCAGCACCGGCCUGUACUUAGCUAUGUCCAAAAAAGGCACGCUCUUUGGUUCGGUCAGAUACAACACCAGCUGCAAGUUCAAAGAGCGCAUUGAGGAAAACGGCUAUAAUACCUAUGCCUCCCUCCGUUGGAAGCACAGGGGGAGGCAGAUGUUUGUGUCGCUGAACGGCCGAGGGAAACCACGUAGAGGCCACAAAGCUAGACGGAGGCACCCAUCGACCCAUUUCCUACCUAUGCUCCCCACAUAGCUGGACUUUUCCUUAUGAGGAAGACUAAUAGAAUCAUGGACAUCAUUUAAGUCCAUCUACCCCACAUAUUUACUUUUAUGUGCAUUUGACGGGGACUUGAUGUUAUUAAGUGUUGGUUUGUCUGUUUUGACUUUUUUUUAUUUUUUUUUUAUAAUAAUAUUAACAAAAAAAGCUCUGGUACACAAUGAUGUAAAUUCUCCCA